AUGGGAGCCGUACCCCCCGGUCUCGCCCUGAUUCAGUACCUGCACCGACGACGAAGCUCCCGCCAUUACACCACCGCCACAUUCACAUCCGCUCCUUUCACCUUUUACGGCCAGCAGACAUCCGUCCUCGUUAUAACCUUCCUCGCUUACGCUCUCUUCCACGCCACCCGAAAACCCCCCAGUAUCGUUAAAGCGGUCCUGAACCCGCUCCCCGCGACUCCCCUCGCAUCCCCCGCUUUUCCCGCCGAGAUUCCCGGCGCGAAUCCCGCGCCUUCAUCCACGCAAGGGUUCCCGAGAUUUCCGCCACCGCCUCCCGCGCCGCCUGGGAGGAAGACCAUAGAGGUUGGCGGUAAUUCAAGGACUAUUGGAGUUAAUAGGGGCUAUGGGGCAUAUGGACAGGAGACGACGGAAGCAGGGUUUCGCAGCAGCACUGCUGAAAGUAGUGCUUCAAAGGGAUCUGCUGAUUGGGAGAGACGGCAGCAGGCCUAUAACGAGGAUGGAGUGCAGAGGGGCGGUGAUGAAGGGGUGGAGGGUGGGAGGCGAUUGGAGGAUGAUGUUGGAGGAGUGGGGAGCGGUGCAAAUGAUGUUGGUAACGGUGCUGCUGGUGCUGCUGGUGGUGCUGGUGCUGCCGGUGGUGCUGGUAAAUCAUUGGCAGGAGAAGCAUAUCGCCAGCAGCAGCAGCAGCAGCAGCAGCAGCAGAAAGACGUGUCAACUUACGACGACGACAGUGCUGGCCUGUUAGAAGAACUCGAGACAGCAGCCGGAUCAAUCGCCCACAUGCGUUCAAGAGCCAGGGGGGGCAGCGCGGGCGAAGGGGGAGAUCGCGCAGUGGGGUUUCUGGAGGCGUGGAGGAUUCCUGGCGUGGCGGCGUUUGCUCUCUGCUUGUUCUUCGCCAAACUGGUGGCAUACACGUUCCUCUACUGGCUCCCAUUCUUCAUCAGCCGAACUGAAAUUGAGGGUCGAUACCUCUCUGACGCACAAUCCGGCAUCAUGUCUACAGUGUUCGACGUGGGCGGCGUGGUGGGCGGCAUUCUCGCAGGCCAUCUCGCCGACCAAACCGCCGCCCGCGCCACCGUUUCGGCCUCUUUCCUCCUCCUUGCCGCCCCGGUUCUAGCCGCCUAUUUCUUCCUAGGAGGCCUUUCUCUGUGGGUGAAUAUCCUCCUUUUAAGCCUCUCCGGUGUGCUGGUUAACGGCCCGUACGCGCUUAUCACUUGUGCUGUCUCUGCUGAUCUCGGGCAGCAUAAAAGUUUGCAAGGGAACGCCCGAGCGCUGGCUACAGUAACUGCGAUAAUUGAUGGGACGGGGUCGGUUGGAGCAGCAUUGGGGCCGUUUAUAACGGGUUUUAUAUCACAACUAGGAGGAGGAGGAGGAGGAGGGGGGUUGAGUGGAUGGGGUGCUGUUUUUGUGAUGCUUGGAGUGUCUCUAGUAGCGGCUGUGUUGUGUAUUGGAGGUUUGGUUGUGGAGGAGGUUAGGGGGAUGGUGGAGGGGAGACGAGGGUCGGCGGUGGGGCGGCAAAAUUUGGAGCAAGCAGCUUUGGAAAGAAGACCUCUGCGAUUAGAAGAAGGUACAAAACACCUGUGCAGGUAA